AUGCGUAUCCCGCAUGUCGUGACGAUCGCGGGCUCUGACUCGGGUGGGGGCGCUGGUAUUCAGGCGGAUCUGAAGACAUUUACGGCAUUCAGGACAUUCGGAAUGUCGGUAAUUACCGCGCUUACCGCACAAAAUACACAGGGGGUGAGCGCAAUUCACACGCCGCCGGCCGAGUUUGUGCAACAGCAAUUCCAGUGUCUCGUGCAAGAUAUGCGUAUAGAUGGGAUCAAGCUGGGCAUGCUUUCCAAUGCGGAAAAUGUUCGCGUUGUGGCUGAAUGUUUGCGGGAGUGGCGCAAGACACACGAUGGCGAAGUGGUGCUCGACCCAGUGAUGGUAUCAUCCGCAGGGAGUGUGCUGCUGGAGGAAGAGGCCAUGGACCGUGUGCUCUGCGAGCUUCUCCCGCUUGCAUCCAUUGUGACGCCCAACAUACCUGAGGCUGAUCAGAUUCUCUAUCGUGCCCAGAUUCCCGACAUAAAAGCGGACACAAUACAGGGCAGAGCUCUCAUGGCACAGGCCCUAACCAGUCUGGGAGCCGAAAAUGUCCUAAUCAAAGGCGGGCAUGGUCCCCUGUCUAUGUCUGAAUUGGAGCAGCAACUCGAUCAUCUCGGAUUUAAACUAGUCAUGGAAGAAUGUGCCUCUGUGGCCACCGCUUGUGGCCGCGAGGGGAAUGCGGCUGCCCUCUUAUCCGAUGAGAAAACAGCGAUCGAAGAAUUGGGCUCUCUUCUUGGCGUGUCUGUAUAUUCGAGAGACUCUUGCUACUUGGUGAUUUGUCGCAGCGUUUCGGACUAUCAAUUCAUGCACUCGCCGCACCAUUCGUGGAACGUUGAUGUCCUGUACGAGGCAAGCCGACAGCGAACGACCUUUUUCGUUCUGCCCUUUGUGUCGACGACUGCCACACAUGGGACGGGAUGCACACUUUCCGCGGCCAUCUGCGCCGCCUCUGCGCAGGGUCUGCCCCUCCGCGCAGCGAUCCUAAAGGCCUUACUUUACAUGCAACAGGCCCUUGCUUCAAGCCUCCGUGACCUUGGGCACGGCCCUGGUGCUCUAGACCAUGCCGCCUGCCUUGUCGGCCGCGGCGUGCCACGUCGCACCGAGCAUGCGCCCUACCCGCUAAUAACACUGCUGCCAUCGCGCUCCUGGACCUUAUGGCACGCCUACACACGACAUCCUUUUGUUGUGCAGAUGAUGCGUGGAGAGUUGCCUAUUGCGUCACUACUUUGGUUCCUCAAGCAGGAUUAUAUAUAUCUGCGCCAUUACUCUCGCGUGUGGUCAAAGGCUGGAGCAAAUCCGGAAUGUACAGCGUACGACAUGGCCAAAUUCAGCGCGAUGGCGAACGCCAUUGCAAAAGAGACGGAGGUGCACGUGCAAGUGUGUGAAUCUCUUGGGAUCCCUGGCGAAGAGCUCGAGCUUGUACACGAGAGCCGCGCGACGAUGGCCUACUCGCGGUUUAUGCUGGAUGCAGCUGACGCAGGACUCUUGCCAUUACUUGUAUCGCUGGCAUCCUGCGCAUUUGGCUACGCCGAAGUGGGCUUAUGGGCCAAGCGCCAUCAAGUGCCGGGCCUCGCCGAGCCCUACCAGCGCUGGAUCGACGAAUACAGCGGUGAGGAAUAUCAGAGCAUGACGCACGAUAUGCUCGAGUUCCUGGAGGCGUAUGCCGAGCGGGUGAUGCCGUCCGUCGAGCAGGUAGACCGCCUGCAGACCAUCUGGGACACGGCCACGCGACUAGAGAUCGGUAUGUGGGAUGAGGCGUUGGCUAUGGGACAAAGUACAUGA